AUGUCGGUGCAGGUGGCGGCUCCCGCCGUGGAGCUCAAGGAGCUGAGCGGCCCCAUGGAGAAGGCGGCGGGGCCCUGCGCCGAGCUGCCCGCCCGCGCCGCCGCCUGCCCGGCGCCCCCGGAGCGCGAGGCGCCGGCGGGCGGCGCCGCGCGGCCUCCGCCGGGCGCCCGCCUUCCUCCCGCCGCCAAGGUGCCGCAGGCCUCGGCCAUGAAGCGCAGCGACCCGCUGCACCCGCAGCACCGGCACCGCGACGGCGGCGACGGCGGCGGCGCCGCCCCCGAGCCGCUCGUCAGCCCCGACGGCUCCGUCACGGAGGCGCCGCGCACCGUCAAGAAGAUCCAGUUUGCCGACCAAAAGCAAGAGUUCAACAAGCGCCCGACCAAGAUUGGCCGCCGCUCGCUCUCCCGUUCCAUCUCGCAGUCCUCUACAGACAGCUACAGCUCAGCUGCCUCCUACACCGACAGCUCCGAUGAUGAGACCUCACCUCGAGACAAGCAGCAGAAGAACUCCAAAGGCAGCAGCGACUUCUGUGUGAAGAACAUAAAGCAGGCAGAAUUUGGGCGUCGAGAGAUUGAAAUUGCCGAGCAAGAAAUGCCGGCGCUUAUGGCUUUAAGGAAGAGAGCGCAGGGAGAGAAGCCCCUGGCUGGGGCCAAGAUCGUGGGCUGCACACACAUCACAGCGCAGACAGCGGUGCUGAUGGAGACGCUGGGCGCGCUGGGCGCCCAGUGCCGAUGGGCCGCCUGCAACAUCUACUCUACUCUUAACGAAGUGGCCGCUGCCCUGGCCGAGAGCGGGUUCCCGGUCUUUGCGUGGAAGGGAGAGUCCGAGGACGACUUCUGGUGGUGCAUCGACCGCUGCGUCAACGUCGAGGGCUGGCAGCCCAACAUGAUCUUGGACGACGGGGGAGAUCUCACCCACUGGAUCUACAAGAAAUACCCCAACAUGUUUAAGAAGAUCAAGGGGAUAGUGGAGGAGAGUGUGACUGGUGUCCACAGGCUGUACCAGCUGUCCAAGGCCGGGAAGCUGUGCGUGCCAGCCAUGAAUGUCAACGACUCGGUCACCAAGCAGAAGUUCGACAACCUCUACUGCUGCCGAGAAUCCAUCCUGGACGGCCUUAAAAGGACGACAGACAUGAUGUUCGGAGGAAAGCAAGUGGUGGUUUGUGGCUACGGAGAGGUGGGCAAGGGCUGCUGCGCGGCGCUCAAGGCCAUGGGCUCCAUCGUCUACGUCACCGAGAUCGACCCCAUCUGUGCCCUGCAGGCCUGCAUGGACGGCUUCCGACUGGUGAAACUGAACGAAGUCAUCAGACAAGUGGACAUCGUCAUCACCUGCACAGGCAACAAGAACGUGGUGACGCGGGAGCACCUGGACCGCAUGAAGAACAGCUGCAUCGUGUGCAACAUGGGACAUUCCAACACGGAGAUCGACGUGGCGAGCCUGCGGACGCCCGAGCUCACCUGGGAGCGGGUCCGCUCGCAGGUGGACCACGUCAUCUGGCCCGACGGCAAGAGGAUCGUGCUGCUGGCCGAGGGCCGCCUGCUGAACCUGAGCUGCUCCACGGUGCCCACGUUCGUGCUGUCCAUCACGGCCACGACGCAGGCGCUGGCGCUGAUCGAGCUCUACAACGCGCCCGAGGGCCGCUACAAGCAGGACGUCUAUCUGCUGCCUAAGAAAAUGGACGAGUACGUGGCCAGCCUGCACCUGCCCACGUUCGACGCGCACCUCACGGAGCUCACGGACGAGCAAGCCAAGUACCUGGGGCUCAACAAGAACGGGCCCUUCAAGCCCAACUACUACAGGUAUUAAAUCCCGCCGCCGCCGCCGGGAGAAGCUGCAAGGAACACGAAUCCAAGUGUUCUCUCAACUGCUGUACAGGACGAAACUGCGCAAGCUUCCUCAUGUAGAGCUGGACUUGCUCACCUAGUAGACAGUGUGUUAGGUUAUUUAUUUAUUAAACUAGGAUGCUGUCCACGCGGCUCCGCCACGGGUGUCUGUGCUGCCGCAGGGCACGGAGCCCGCCCGCCUUUUUCUUUCUUUUCUUUCGUUUUUCCCUUUUGGCCCCUCUUUGGAGGGCCAAGGGGCUGGAGAGGCUGGUGGGAUCCGUCGGGUGCCGGUGGCCUCCGCGGUGGCGGGAUCGCCGGGAAUGCAGCACAGGCGGAGGGGCAGAGCUGGAUCCGCCCCGGAGCUUGUGCGUUCCAGGGGGUUCCCUGGCACCCAGCACUUCUCCCACCGGAGCGGGAGUUGUGUUGAGGCCGGGAACCGGGACGGCUCUGCGAGGCUCUCGUUGAGAUGCUCCGGUGUUCCCAGAAGCCAUGGUGUUAUCAGGAGCGAUUCCCGGUGUCUCACAGGAGCUCGGUUUGCCGGGAAGGUUUGUGUGGAGCGGAGCAAGGCCUGGGAAUGCGCCGUGCUGGGCGGGAGGAGCCGCCGUGGCCCCGGCAGCCCCACGGCGCCAGGAUGGGGAUGGAGGAACCUUCAGCCCAGGAGGUCCUGCCCGUUCCCGGGAAACUCCAAAGGGCUCCAGGUUUCUCCUGAUCUGCUCUCUUCCUGGAAGCCUCUGCAGCCUCCAGAGGCCGAGCGACAGCCACGAACCCUCGGGACUCUCCACUCACCAGUGAAUUUUAUUCGGAUCCCCAAAUUUCAGCAAAGAUUCCACAGAACUUCUAGCCUUCAAGUUGCCCUGUUUCCUUGUGCUGGAGCGACCAGGUCUGCAGUAUCCAGCAAAAUCCGGGAAUUCCUCCGGGAGGAGGCCCAGAGACGCCGCCAAAGGGGCUUCCAGCACUGUUGGAGCGGAGGCUGCCGCCUCCCCUGCGCUCAAUCCCGGGGAGACUGGGGGGAUCCCGUUUUCCCCGUCUCUUUUCCAUGCUUUUCCCCAUGUCGUUCCGCUUCUGUAAAGCUUUCUGGCUUGCUUGGCUUUUCCUAAUCAAUCUGGAAUCAUAUUCUGUGAUCAUCUCCAAAUUAAACGUGUAAUUAUUAUUAAUUUUUUUAAUGUAACGCAUUUUUAAAGAUUUAGGA